AUGGCUACCCCGACCAAGUUCAGUUUUUCCGUCAGGAGCAUCCUGGAUUUGCCUGAACAGGAUGCGGAGGCAGCGCCGCGGUCCUCCACGCUUUACUCCUCCUGCUCGCCGUACAGCUCCUGGAUGGACUGCGACCGGAGUCCUUGCUUAUCUUCUGACGAAGGUAGUCUCGAGGCCUCCCCGGACUCCACAAAGCCGGAUGACUCGUCCCUGGACUCGGAGCCCGACAGGAGCAAGAAGAGCAAGAAGCGCCGGGUUCUGUUCUCCAAGGCCCAGACCCUGGAGCUGGAGAGGCGCUUCCGUCAGCAGCGCUACCUGUCCGGCCCGGAGAGGGAGCAGCUGGCCCGGCUCCUCACCCUGACACCGACCCAGGUGAAGAUCUGGUUCCAGAACCACCGCUACAAGAUGAAGAGAGGCCGGGCAGAGGGAGCGCUGCAGGACAUGGAGAUACUGCAGCCCCCGGUGCUGCGCCGGGUCGUUGUUCCGAUCCUGGUCCGGGAUGGGAAACCUUUUCACACCUGCUUACUUGACACGGAGAAAGCUGGCUGUUUAGCUCCUUCUCAAGCUUUACCCUUUCACUUAGCCUACCCGUCUCUGCAGCAUCCGUCCCCGGUCGCUCUUCCUCCAAGGUACCACCAGCACUUUCCCACCGCAGCGGCCUCCAGAUUCGCCUGGAGAGACUUUUGGAGCGACUCGGUCCACUUUAGUUCUUUCAAGUGAAGGCCUCAUUUCAAUGCACAAACUCAUUUAGAAUAGCAUCAAAUGUUUUCUGGAUGUUUUGCAAAUUUUCGAGCAACUUAAACAUUUAGAUUUUAAUUAUAGAACGAAGGAUAUUUUGCACAUUUUAUUUUGAUGUUUCUUUUUUGAAAAUGCUGAUAAUAUUUUCUCACACAUGGGCUUAAUGGUGUAGCCUGUACAUGUUUAGUUAUCCGAUGAUAUCAUGUAUUUGUAUGUGAAGCUGUUGAAACAUAAUAUUUGU